CCUCCGCAGCUCGCAGAAGCGCAGGCACUCGGCCCGCUCAGCCUGCGCGGGGCCGCCUCGCUCGCUUCGGGCUCGGCAGGCGGCCCGCGGAGCCCCGGAUCUCCGCGCCCUCAGCCAGAGGCCAAGGCAGGCGCCGACCUGAGACCCGGAGGCCGACGAGACCUUCGGUCAUUUUUAGGCGAGGAAAUGCAGACAUAGAGGGUACUGACCCUGGAAACGGAUCGGGAGGUUCCUGCUUGCCUGCGCUCCUGAACCAUGGGAGAAAAUGAGGAUGAGAAGCAGGCCCAGGCCAGCCAGGUCUUUGAGAACUUUGUGCAAGCUACCACCUGCAAAGGGACCCUCCAGGCCUUCAACAUCCUCACCUGCCUCCUGGACCUAGACCCGCUGGACCAUAGGAACUUCUACUCCCAGCUCAAGUCCAAGGUGAACACCUGGAAGGCCAAAGCCCUGUGGCACAAACUGGAUAAGCGUGGCUCCCACAAGGAGUAUAAGCGAGGGAAAGCCUGCAUGAACACCAAGUGUCUCAUUGUCGGAGGAGGACCGUGUGGCUUGCGCACUGCCAUUGAACUUGCCUACCUGGGAGCCAAGGUGGUUGUGGUGGAAAAGAGGGACACCUUCUCCCGGAACAACGUGCUGCACCUCUGGCCCUUCACCAUCCACGACCUGCGGGACCUGGGAGCCAAGAAGUUCUAUGGGAAAUUCUGUGCUGGCUCCAUCGACCACAUUAGUAUCCGUCAACUGCAGCUUAUCCUGUUCAAGGUGGCCCUGAUGCUGGGAGUGGAGAUCCAUGUGAAUGUGGAAUUUGUGCGGGUCCUGGAGCCUCCCGAAGACCAAGAAAAUCAAAAAGUCGGAUGGCGGGCAGAAUUCCUCCCUGCAGACCACGCCCUGUCUGACUUUGAGUUUGACGUCAUCGUUGGUGCUGAUGGCCAUAGGAGUACACUAGAAGGGUUCAGAAGAAAAGAGUUCCGAGGGAAGCUGGCCAUCGCCAUCACUGCCAACUUCAUAAACAGGAACAGCACAGCUGAGGCUAAGGUAGAGGAGAUCAGUGGUGUGGCCUUCAUCUUUAACCAGAAGUUCUUUCAGGACCUGAAGGAAGAAACAGGGAUUGAUCUCGAGAACAUUGUUUACUACAGGGACUGCACCCACUACUUUGUCAUGACAGCCAAGAAGCAGAGCCUGCUGGACAAAGGUGUCAUCAUUAAUGACUACAUUGACACCGAGAUGUUGCUGUGUACAGAGAACGUGAACCAGGACAACCUGCUCUCCUACGCCCGCGAAGCCGCGGACUUCGCCACCAAUUACCAGCUGCCAUCCCUAGACUUUGCCAUGAAUCACAACGGGCAGCCAGAUGUGGCCAUGUUUGACUUCACCUCCAUGUAUGCCUCGGAGAACGCAGCCCUGAUGCGUGAGCGCCAGUCUCACCAACUGCUCGUGGCCCUCGUGGGUGACAGCUUGCUUGAGCCAUUUUGGCCCAUGGGCACAGGCUGUGCCCGAGGCUUCCUGGCAGCCUUUGACACAGCAUGGAUGGUGAAGAGCUGGUACCAGGGCACCCCUCCCUUGGAGGUGCUAGCUGAAAGAGAGAGUCUCUACCGGCUGUUACCUCAGACAACCCCAGAGAACAUCAACAAAAAUUUUGAGCAGUACACAUUGGACCCAGCCACACGGUACCCAAACCUGAACUUGCACUGCGUCAGACCUCAACAGGUGAAGCAUUUGUACAUUACAAAGGAGCUGGACCGCUUCCCUCUGGAGAGAUGGGGCUCAGGAGGGAGAUCUGUCAGCCUCUCUAGGCGGGAGUCAGACAUACGACCUAACAAGCUCUUGACCUGGUGCCAGCAGCAGACCGAGGGAUACCAGCACGUCAGGGUCACCGACCUGACCACAUCCUGGCGCAGCGGCUUGGCCCUGUGUGCCAUCAUCCACCGCUUCCGGCCAGAGCUGAUCAACUUUGACUCACUGAAUGAAGAUGAUACUGUGGAGAACAAUCAACUGGCAUUUGAUGUGGCCAAGCGUGAGUUUGGGAUCCUGCCUGUGACCACAGGCAAAGAGAUGGCAUCUACCCAGGAGCCAGACAAGCUCAGCAUGGUCAUGUACCUCUCCAAGUUCUAUGAGCUCUUCCGGGGCACCCCACUGCGACCUAUGGAUUCCUGGCGUAAAAACUAUGGAGAAAAUGCGGACUUUGGCUUGGGCAAAUCAUUCAUUCCAAACAACUAUCUUAACCUCACAUUUCCCAGGAAGAGAACCCCACGGGUAGACACGCAGACCGAAGAGAGCGACAUGAACAAGAGGCGGAGGCAGGGCAUCAACAACCUGGAAGAGCUGUCAGGCUUCUCCAGCCGUAGCCUGGGCUCCACUCAAGAGCACUCUAAAGAAGGUGGCAAUCAGAACAAAGUCAAGUCCAUGGCCAAUCAGCUGUUAGCCAAGUUUGAGGAGAACACACAGAACCCUUUAGCCACGAAACAGGACUGCUGCCGUGUCUCAGGCAUAGGUAAGCCCGUCCUGUGCUCUGCCUCUCGCCCUCCUGGUCCCUCUCGAUGCCCCAAGCUGGAGGAGUCCACUCCCAGGCUCCCACCUCCUCUGAAAAGGCAGUUCCCCUCCAUGGUGGCAACAGGUCAGGUGCUCAGAGAACUCAAUCAAGUACCUGCUAGUGGCGAGGGUACAAGCAGGCCCUGGAGAGCCAGGGCCAAGUCAGACCUGCAACUGAUUGGGGCUGAAAACCUCGCCACCCUGCCUCGCACCUGCCAAGGAGCCAUGGCUCUGUCAGGGGUGCUGCGGCGGCUGCAGCAAGUAGAAGAAAAGGUCCUCCAGAAGAGGGCCCAGAACUUGGCUAACAGGGAAUUUCACAAAAAGAACAUUAAAGAGAAGGCAGCUCACCUGGCCUCCAUGUUUGGACACGGGGAUUUACCACAGGAUAAACUCCUGUCUAAGCGUUUGCCUCGCACUCACCCUCCAUCUCCUCCCUCUUGCCUUCCGUCUCCUGAUCCAGCUGCUUCUUCCUCUCCACCGGCUGCCGACUCUGUUUCUCCUGCCAGAAAGCUGACGGUAGGGAAAGUGUCCAGCGGAAUAGGGGCUGCAGCUGAAGUUCUGGUCAAUCUGUACUUGAAUGAUCACAGACCUAAGACACAGGCCACUUCUCCAGACCUGGAAUCCGUGCGAAAGGCAUUUCCCCUGAGCCUGGGCGGCAACGACAUCUGCUACUUCUGUAAGAAGCGCGUGUAUGUGAUGGAGCGGCUGAGCGCCGAGGGCCACUUUUUCCACCGGGAGUGCUUCCGAUGCAGCGUCUGCACCACCACCCUGCCCCUGGCUGCCUAUGCCUUUGACUGCAACGAAGGCAAGUUCUACUGCAAGCCCCAUUUCAUUCACUGUAAAACCAACAGCAAACAACGGAAGAGGCGGGCAGAGCUGAAACAGCAAGGAGAGGAGGAAGGGACAUGGCAGGAGCCAGAAGCACCUCGGAGGGAUGCUCCCCCGGAAAGCUCUUGUGCAGUGGCGGCCAUCAGCACACCAGAAGGCAGCCCCCCAGAUGAGCCCACCUCUCCCAAGAAGCCAAAGAGUGUCCCUGAGCCCAAGCCCAGAGUCUCGGAAGUUGAAGCCACCUCUCCCCGGUCCUCUGAAUGGACUUCAGUGAGGAUCAGCCCUGGAGAGGAUGCAGUCGGGCAGGAUGUGCUCGCUGUGCGUGUCCUGGUCACGAGUGAGGACAGCAGCUCUGAUACAGAAUCUGACUACAGCAGUGUCGCGGGCUCCUGUACAGAGGCUGCCGAGGAAAGACCCCCACCUCCCGUAUCCCCGCCUCUCUCAAAGCCCCUAACUCGGCACACCUCCAUGCGGGAGCCCCUCACCCAACCGGUCUCUCUGCUACACCAGGAGGAUCCACGAGUUGUGCCUGCUCUGCACCGGACCCACAGCCUCCAGACUCCAGCUCCAAGCAAAUACCAGAGCUGGAGAAGAGAAUUCCAGUCGAAAUCAACAUCCAUGAACCGAAGAACCCCAUCAUUUCCAAAAGAGCCUCCUCCUUCUCCUCCUCCAUCUUUGCCUUCCUCAUCUUCACUGACAUCUUCAUUUUCUUCAGCCAGUGUAGCUGGGCUCACUACAGAUAAUUCCCUGCCUGCUCAGGUGCCAGCUUACAACCUCCACUCCCCAAUGGUCUCCAGAGGUGAUUUCAGCCCCACUCCAAUCUACCUCAGACGUGCCAGGGCUCAAGGGAUUUCGAAGCAAAUCCCUUUCUAUCUCCCUCACAGCCCCAUGCUGGAGAACACAGAAUACAGUCUGCUGAGCCCUGGUGGAGAAGGCCUCAGAAGCUCUGGGGACAUGCCCUCGAAGGGAUGCCAGGAGUCACAGGCUCCUGGGAGCACCAAGAGCAUGCACAGAGACUCCCAUCCCAUUACAGGGAAGGACCAGUGUUUGUCCCAUCAAAACCCAGGAGAGGUGAGGGAGGGACCCCGGAGGGAACAGACAUGUGGCCCAGAGCCGUCCAAAGAAAGGAAGCUGGGCUUGAAGAAAUUAGUCCUCACUCAGGAGCAGAAGACCAUGCUGCUAGACUGGAAUCACUCCACCCCUGUGCACAAGGCUGGGGAGCAGCUCCCCCAGGAAAGUGCUGCGAAUCACAGAGGCCAGAGCCUGAAAGCUGCAGUCUGCUCCUCCACCCUCUCCCAGGCCAUGAAAGAGAAACUGCUACCCCAGGCGAGGACUGUGGGGGAGGUGCGAACCCCAGCGGUCAAGGCACCACAGGAGAAAGAAGUGCCUCCGCCCAAGUCCCCCCUGAAGCUCAUAGCAAAUGCCCUCCGAAGGUCUGUGAACCCCAAUUCUGAAGGUGGGAAGAAGACCUGCCCCAAACCAGAGUCAAAAACCUUGCCUCGAGGCCAGCCGCAUGCCUUCACUCGUUCCUUUAGCCUCAGGAAAGCCGGUUCUAAUAAAGAUGGGGACCAGCAGUCUCCAAAGAGAUACAUGGCCAAGAAGGUUUCUGCCUUCUUCUCUCUGGCUUCCCCAACAUCUAAGGCUGCCCAGGCCUCGGACUUGAGCCCUCCUGACCCCCUCCUCCGCACCCGGAGCUUGCCCAGCCGACACUCCAAGAUGUCCUUUGCAACAUCCCCACCCUCAGGCAGCAAGACUGAAGAUGUCCCCACUCUCCUGGAGAAAGUGAGUUUGCGAGAUGCCAAGCACGUUCCAAAUGAAAGAGCCUCGAGUAAUUCUUCCCAUGGCCUCAAAGAUAAUUCCUUUGAGAGUUUUCUCCAGGAAUGCAAACAAAGAAAGGACAUCGGACACUUCUUUAACAGCCCCGUGGGGCCACCGGGGAACAAAGUCCCGUCUUUGGAGCGGCUGGUACAGCCUUUUGGCAGCACCUCCAUGGGGCAAGUGCCUCACUCUUCUUCCACAGGGCCAGAUGCACGCCCUGGAGCUCGAGUGACAGAGGCCACCUCCUCUCCCUCUUCCACCACCUCGUCCUCCGCAGAGGAAGACUUGGACUCCCAGCUUUCCUCGGGGUUAAAGGAGAAAGUACCCAGAAGAAGGAGGAAGCUGGAGAAGCAGUUGGCUAAGCAAGAAGAAUUGAAAAGACUCCAUAAGGCUCAGGCCAUCCAGAGACAGCUGGAGGAGGUGGAAGAGCGGCAGAGGAUGUCGGAUAUCCAGAGCGUGAGGCUGGAGAAGGUGCUGAGAGGAAAAGCAGAUUCAGGGACACAGGACGAAGCCCAGCUCUUGCAGGAGUGGUUGAAGCUGGUUCUGGAGAAGAAUAAAUUAAUGCGAUACGAGUCGGAGCUACUGAUCAUGGCCCAAGAACUAGAACUAGAAGAUCACCAGAGCAGGCUGGAGCAGAAGCUACGAGAGAAAAUGCUCAAGGAUGAGAGCCAGAAAGAUGAGAAUGAUCUAAAGGAGGAGCAAGAAAUCUUUGAGGAGAUGAUGCAGGUGAUUGAGCAAAGAAAUGAGCUCGUGGAUUCCCUAGAGGACCAGCGUGUCAAAGAAAGAACCCAAGACCAACACUUUGAAAACUUUGUUCACUCCAGAGGCUAUCAGCUCAGCAGGACUUGAGGUGCCCCUCCCCCCACAAGCCGGAGAGCUAAGAACACCACACUUUCCCACCCAGGCAGUGAAUUUAGACUCUACUGAUUAAAAAAAAAAAAAAAAAAAAAAAAAAAGUCUCUCAAAUGAGCUGUGUGUGGUACCUCACAUCUGUAAUCCCUGCUGAGAAAAGCUGAGGCAGGAGGAGUGCUGUGAGUUCCAGGCCAGCCUGGGUUAUACAAAGAGACCCUGUCUCAAAAAAAACAAACAUCUCUUAUAGCUCUUAUAUCUGUUAUGGGUUCCCAGGAUUUUUUUUUUUUCAAAAACUAUAAUGAAAUGAUGGCAGAGGUUGGCAGUGCCCAUGGGCCAGUCCUGAUUGUCUCGGAGAGUCACACAGGCCUGACCUCCCUGCUGCCUUUGUCGUUUUUCUUUGUUCAUUGAGUUACAUGUUUUAAGACUUUUAAGAAAUGCCUUUUCAUUAAUACGCCCAUAUUUGUCUUUUUUUCAUGGCUGACCAGUUUCCAAAUGUCAGGGCACAGCAGCAGCAGUUUAAAGAUUAGCUUAAUAUUUAAAUUGUGUUUCCAGAGAAAGCAGAGAAACCCUGAGAUUACUGAUUAAAUAAAGCCAAUAACUCAUAUAGCAGGUGUUAAUUCAAUCCAGGGUGAAUUUAAUUUACCAGGUAUAUUUAUAAGCCUUAAUAUAAUAUACAUAAGCAAUGAGAGUUGAACAAAAACAUUUGAGCUUUAAUUUAAUUUUUUUUAAAAGAAAAAAGGAAAUAAAACUUUAAGUUCAUGCCAGCAGGGUUCUUGGUUUUCACCAAAUCCGCUGCCUUAGAGGAAGCCUGUUCCCACAAUGCUCUGCUUCUAACCCUGGACCACAAUAAGUGCUUUUAGGAAAUGAAUGGUUUUGAAGUGCUUUCUGAGUGAGUGUUGGUGGUGGCAGAAGGGAAGCUUUCACUUGUUGAUAAAACAUUGGUGAGCUUACAAGGCUACUAAAAACAAACACAGCGUGAGCUAGGGGAAGAUGCUUCCUCGAGGUCACCUGUGGUUAGCAUCAGCAUGCAUCACCUCUUUGAGACAAAGACCAACCACCUCUGUCUUCCAGGUAGAACUGAAGGCAGUGCCCCCAUUUAUCUAACUCCAGAUUCAAUUGUGUGUGGGGGGGGGGGGAGGAGAAAUUUUAAAUUUGCAAAAAAGAGUUUGUGGAAGGAGUGGGCAUGCCGACAUGUUAGGCUCUUUGAGUAUUUGGACAGUGCACACAGGGAUGAAAGAAGACAAAGUUUAAACUGGUAAUUUAUUGUCAUAAAAUAUUUGAUUGUCCUUUUGUGGAAUCCUUAGAAGAUUUAACCUGCUAUCAAUGAGAGAAGAGACUGAAGGGUUCUCACAUGUGUAUCUGGCCACUCAUUUCCAUGAGUGUUUAAAUAUUUCACUAGGCGAAGGUGCUUUGUAGCUGUAACCGGUGCCUGGACUUUCCUUGAUCUAGAUUUGCCCAAUAACAGCUUCCAUCUGAGAUGCUGUCUGUGUGGUCCAACCUUGCUGGGGAUGAGCCAGAUCUUGUCUGACACCACUUAGCCAGAGUUUGGGGGAGGAGUUGGCCAACUUUCCAUGGCACACUAAAGUACAGUAGCUGCCUUUACUCUUUUCUCUGUUUUUCUAUUUUCAUUUUUAUGUUCUAGAAUCGAGUCUUCUAGUGCGUUCAGUUCUAAUAUGAGGGAACAGUAGGGGCAUUUUCCUACCUACCUACUUACCUAAAAAAUUGACGCAUCUCUGGCUAUUUAUUUUUAUUUAUUUUCAUGGUUAGUAGACAAGGGUCAUGUGAUUUCCCAUCAUUCUGAUUCUCCGAGGUUAUCAUUUUUGGAGAGGACCUUUCUAAACAAAGAUAUUACCAUGUAAGCAACAUCAUGUUGAGAUGUUUGGUUUUCAGAGUAAGAAAGAUGAAUAGAGGUCAUCAAAAUAAUAUUUUCAGUCAGGCGUGGUGGCACACACUUUUAAUCCUAGCAUUCAAGAGGCAGAGGCAGGUGGAUCUCCCUGGGUUCAAGGACAGCCUGAUUUACAAUAUAAGUUCUAUGUCAACCAAUGUUACAUAGACAGACCUUGUCUCAAAAAAUUUUUUUUCAGCCCCCAGGCACUGAGAAGAAUAUUGGAUGCACAGGAAUGAACCCAUUUUGCUAAAGUUUUUCUUCUCCCAGUUAAAUGAGAGCAUGCUGCUUGCUGUCCGUGUGUAUUUAACAGAGGAUGUUUGUUUGUGUGCCUAGGUUGUCAUUCUGAAAAAGAAUUGACACUUGUUUUAACUAAUUAUAAAAAGGAUUCUCAGCCAGGCAUGGUAGCCCAUGCCUGUAAUCCCAAAAUGCUGGGAUUACAGGGGCAGGGGCAGAUGGAUCUCUGUGAGUUCAAGGCUAACCCGGUCUACAAAGUGAGUCCAGGAUAGUUAAGGCUACAUAGAGAAACCCUGUCUUGAAAAAACAAAAUAAAUAAAUAAAAAGGAUU